GCUGAGCACUCUUGCUGACCUUCGCAUUCUCUGGAAUUUCUCUCCAUUGCUGCUUCUUCUUCAACCUCCCAUUCUAUACGUUUGGUUUCUGCCUCCAGCCAAACUUGACAUAGAUUUUUGUCGGCCCUAAGUUAAAGUUAUAAGCUGAAAGAUCAUGCUAUUGGGGAUGCAAGCAACUUGUUAAAUUCUCAACAAGAUUUUUUCUGUUCCGCAAGUUUUAUUUGUAUGAGCGUUUUUGGUUAUAGUAAACGAUGAGAAAUCUAUUGUCAUGGUUUUUCUUGAUCAUCUUUUUAGCAAACUGCUUUGGCACCGAUGUAGUUUCAGUUUCCGGCCAAUGCCAGCGUGAUCAACAAUUGCAGUUACUCCAGAUGAAAAGCAGCCUCGUAUUCAAUACUACUUUAUCUGUAAAUCUGGCGCGGUGGAAUCAAAACACAGAUUGUUGUCAUUGGAGUGGUGUAGGUUGUGAUGAGGCUGGACGCGUUAUUAGUCUCAACUUAAGCAAUGAAUCAAUCUCCGGUGGAAUUGAGAAUGCAACUGGUCUAUUCGGUCUUCAGCAUUUGAAGAGCCUAAAUUUGGCUUAUAAUCAGUUUGAUGCAACUCAAAUUCCAUCCAGGUUGGCCAAUCUCAGAAAUUUGACUUAUCUGAAUCUUUCUAAUGCUGGCUUUGGGGGGCAGAUUCCUAUUGAGAUUUCAAACAUGGCAAGGUUAGUUACUCUUGAUUUGUCAAGUCUUUACUACUUAGGUUCUCUCUUGAAACUCAAGAUUUCGAAUUUGAGCUUGCUUAUUCAGAAUUUCGCACAGCUCAGGGAACUGUAUCUUGAUGGUGUAAAUAUAUCAGCUCAUGGAAGUGAAUGGUGCAAAGCUCUAUCGUCUUCACUGCCUAAUCUACAAGUUUUGAGCUUGUCCAGCUGUUUUCUUUCCGGCCCUAUCACCUCUUCCUUUGCAAAACUUCGGUCACUUUCAGUAAUCCGUUUGGAUCAGAAUAAUUUGUCAUCUCCAGUUCCAAAAGUUCUAGCUGAAUUCGUGAAUUUGACCUCCUUGCGUCUCAGUAAUUGUGGGUUACGUGGAACUUUUCCACAAAAUAUCUUGCAGUUAGCAACACUAGAGCAUCUUGACUUAUCAAAUAACAAAUUCCUUCAAGGUUCUUUGCCAAACUUCCCUCAGAAUCAGUCUCUUAGAACCCUGAUGCUCACAUUCACAAAUUUCUCGGGGUUACUACCAGAUUCCAUUGUCAACCUUAAAAAUUUGUCUAGAAUAGAGCUAUCAAAUUGCAAUUUCACUGGAGCAAUUUCCACUUCGAUGGCUAAUCUCACCCAAAUAGUUUAUUUGGACCUGUCAUUUAACAGGUUCACUGGUCCAAUGCCAUCUUUCCACAAGUCCAAAAAUCUCUCUUACCUAGACCUCUCUCGUAAUCGGUUGACAGGUGCGAUCCCAUCCAGUUGGGAACAGCUUCAGAAUCUUGCUCAUGUUGACUUGAGUUUAAACUCCCUUGAUGGUAGUAUUCCCCCGUCCCUGUUUGAUAUCUUAUCAUUGCAGAAGCUUCAGCUUGCCAGCAACCAAAUUGAGGGCCAAGUUCCUGACUUUCCAGAUGCAUCCUCCUCUCUGUUGGAUACCCUAGAUUUAAGCGGCAACAGAUUGGAAGGGCCUAUUCCCAUGUCGGUCUUUGAACUCCAUAAUCUUAAAGUCCUUAUACUUUCUUCCAACAAGUUCAAUGGCACCAUACAUUUUGACACAAUUCAAAGGCUUCACAAUCUUUCUACUCUGGAGCUUUCGUACAAUCGCUUGGUAGUGAAUGCAAGUGGUAGGGAUUAUUCAUUCCUCCCCAAGAUUAGCACAUUGAAGUUGGCUUCUUGCAACCUGAGCAUGAUACCUGACCUUAAGAACCAAACAAACCUAUAUCAAUUAGAUCUUUCAGACAACCAAAUUUCGGGAGAAAUACCUGACUGGAUAUGGGGAGUUGGUAAUGGCCAUCUCAUCUAUCUAAACCUUUCACAUAAUCUCCUGGUGGGUCUGCAAGAACCAUAUAAGCUUCCCAAUCUGAGUGUCCUUGACCUACACUUCAACCAGCUCCAAGGAGAGAUCCCAAAGCCACCACAGUCUACUAUCUAUGUGGAUUACUCAUGUAAUUUUUUUACUUCCAUCCCAGCUGACAUUGGCACUUUUCUACCAGUCACCGUGUUCUUUUCCCUUUCAAACAAUAGCCUCGCAGGAGUUAUCCCUGAAUCAAUAUGCAAUGCUACAUAUCUUCGAGUUCUUGACUUGUCGGACAACAAUCUCAAUGGCACGAUACCAACUUGUUUAAUUAAAAGGUUCCCCUCUCUUGGGGUCCUAAAUUUAAGGAGAAACAAAAUCACAGGCGUUAUUUGGGAUGCAUUUCCAGUAAAUUGUGGAUUACAAACUCUAAAUCUCAACGGAAAUCAGCUUGGAGGAAGGGUUCCAAAAACUCUGGCUAAUUGCAAAAUGCUGGAGGUUAUAGACCUUGGAAACAACCAGAUCACUGACAACUUUCCAUGCUGGUUAAAGGAAAUCUCUAGUUUUCGUGUUCUAGUCUUGCGAUCCAACAAAUUUUAUGGAAAAAUUAGUUGUCCAGAGACACAUGGUAAAUGGUCAAUGCUACAGAUUGUCGACUUAGCUUCCAACAACUUUAGUGGAAAACUUCCAGCUAAAUGCUUGACAACCUGGAAGGAAAUGAUGGCUGAUGAAGAUGAAGCCCAAUCAAAUCUCAAGCACCUUCGAUUUGAGUUCCUGGGACUUAGCCAAUUAUACUACCAGGAUUCAGUAACAGUUUCCAGCAAAGGUCUAGAGUUGGAGCUAGUGAAGAUCCUAACUAUAUUCACCUCCAUUGACUUGUCAAGCAACAAAUUUGAAGGGCCAAUACCAAAAGAGAUGGGACAAUUCAAAUCACUCUAUAUUCUCAACAUGUCACGGAAUGCUCUCACAGGAACCAUACCAUCAUCUGUAGGGAACUUGCGACAACUGGAGUCCUUUGACUUGUCAUGGAACCAACUGAGUGGGGAAAUCCCUUUACAACUUGCAAGCCUAAAUUUCCUCUCAUUCCUGAAUCUAUCGAAUAAUCACUUUUUGGGAAAGAUACCAUCAGGUACUCAGCUCCAAUCAUUCUCGUCAACAUCUUUCUUGGGUAAUGAAGGAUUAUGUGGCCCUCCUUUGACAAUUAAUUGCACAACAAAUUCCAGCCAGUCAGAAGAUUCAGCACCAGCUUUAAGUAAAGAAUUGGAUUGGCAGUUCAUAGUCACUGGAACUGGAUUUGGGAUAGCCUCAGCAGUUGUUGUUGCACCCCUAAUGUUUUCAGACAAAGUAAACCAAUGGUACGACGAUCACAUGAUCGACGAGUUGCUAAUGGUGAUUCUCCCGAUGUUUGGGUUGAUUUACAAGACUUCUCAUCAAAGAAGGAUUGAAGCAGAGAAAGAUCUCGAAGAGGAAAACACAGAUGAAGACGAUGAUGAGUACGAUGAAACAGAAACUGAAGAAUUUCUCGGGCGGUAUUGUGUGUUAUGCUCUAAACUCAACGUUACAAGGGAAAGGGUUGUUCACGAUCCUAAAUGUACUUGUCUUCACUCACUACUCAUGUCUUCUUCUUUAACUUCAUACUCAUCUUCUUCAUUGGCACGUGGAUAAAAGUAAGGCUUUCUUUCGUUCUUUUCUUCUUCUGUAUUUUGUUCUGUACAUAAAUACAAAGAGCAGCAACCCUGAAGCAGGGGUAAUGAGAACAGAACCUGAAAACAUACAAUUGCUUUAUAUUGUAUAAAACUGAGUAUCAUUUUUAGUAUUUAAAUGGCCAUGAAGCACUACAAUGUUCAACAGUAGUUCUCGUUGAGGAAUUUUGUCGAACAGGU